AUGGAGAAGCGCCUGUCCGUCGUUGCCAACGGCGUCCUCCGGAGAUGCGCAGAGUAAGUCAGCUUCCCUCUCCCUCUGCUGUGCGUGUGUCUACGUCUCAUCCAUGCAGAUAUCUGGUCUCUCCUCUGUUUAAGGGGGAAGGGAAGUGAAGAUGGAGUGUCACUUAUGUUUGAUUGCCAGAAGAAGAAUGGUAUUCCUCUGUGAGGAAGGCGUUUUGCGUCUGGACGGAAGAGUCGGAACAUUGGGAUUGGCUGUGACCUAUCCGCUAUGGCGCAGAUGCGUGUGCUAUUCAUCACUGUGGGAAGUGCGAUUGAUUUAUUCAUCAGGCUGCGGAGAAAUUAGGGAAGAACUAAGAAUUUCGUUGUCCUCCAUUCAAAUUUCUUGCUAACUUUGAUUUUUCAUGGCUUUCUUGGUUUUUGAUCGACGGAUAAAUAAGAAAUCAUUAAGACAGACCAGACAAGGAAGUGCUGUAUGUUCUUCUGCAUGCAUCAUAGCCUCCCCACAAAAAAUAGGCAAAUUCGACGGGUAAUAUUCAUAAAUAUUGUCGACAUCCGCCUGAAUUGCAUUCACAAGCGAGUAAAAUUUCAUUGGAAUUUUCAAUUCUUAGUUUUACUACGAUUCAUUGUGCCUACGAGCAGAUUAUACCCGCGAUGUUUACAGGACUGUGGGAUCCUCUUUGGAGGCGCUUGUCGACGAGUUUGAGCUCGGCGCAGGGCCUGCAGUGGAGGGCUACUCGAGGAAGCUUGUGGAGUUCUGCAGCUCGAGAGUGCUAGGAAGCCUCUGCCGCGAUGGAGGAGAGAAAGUCGCUGACCCAUCUUUCAGCCGGCUCACUUUCGAUAUGAUGCUGGCGUGGGAGCGCCCCGGCUGCAACCAUGAAGAAUCCCUUCUUGUGAGCAUCUUCUCGUUCUUACACAAGAAUCAAAGCUUAUCACAAGUUAUUUCCUCAUGAAUUAGUUCAUGAGCUGAAUGUAAGGGAUGAAUGAAUAAAUCUGUUCUUCCUGUGCUUGAUGUAACAGGAGAGCACUUCGAAGGAGAAGGAAGACAGGAAGGAGCCCCUGAAAGGGAAAGAAGGGCAGAUGCACGACGAAGUCCCUCUCUUUUAUUCUGACCUCAUGCCUCUCCUUGUAAGGGCUUCGCCUUGAACGACUCACACAUCUAAGUUGACUUACGGAUCGAUAUUUCCUAUUCUGGGUAGGAGUUGAUUCUGUGAUUUCAACUGAGCUCCAUAUACUGGCCUCCUUUAAUAGGUUGACGAAGAACAGAGUGUUGGAGAGGAUGCAUUUCUUUGGCUUGCUUCCCUGCUUCCUCUAGUGGCAGAUGUUGUGCAUGCACGAUUUGCUUUCGAAGCCUUCACCGAAUGCACAGCGCAAAGACUUCACUUUCCUGCUUAUGACAGAUUCCUGAAAGAGAUAGAUCGGUGAGUAGGCCCUCCUGGUUUUUGGUCUUUAGGGCAGUCUUCCAUUAAUGUGCGGGAUUAAGGCAUGCUUUCGAAUCAAAGGAGCAAUUAUUUACUGGUAUCUGCUCUUUUCUUUACUUUGACACCGCCGCUUAUGUCGUUGUGUUCAAAGUUCUUGAUGAUGCAGGAAAGAGAAAUAGGUCCUGAAAAAGGAUCUGGUCGAGAAUUUGAGGAAAUAAUAUCUCAUACUACACAAUGGAAAAUAUUGCCAAAUUGUGCUCUUUCUGGAAUCCAUGAUACUAAAGAAGAGAGGAUAUUGUUACUGGUUUUCUACACUUAUAGCUUUCCUUAAAAGGCUUCCUGAGUACCGAUGAAUGAAAGCUGUUUUGCUCGGUGAAGAAAUUUGCUCACUAAAAUAAAUAAUUUUCACCAGCGUCUCCUGUUUGAAUGGGCCAAAAAAAAAAAAAAAAAUUGAAGAUGGGGGAAAAAAACCCUCGUUGUCUCCAUUGAACACUAAUCUCGCCCAGUUUGAUAAUGUUUCAGGUGCGUUAAGUACCUGCAGAAGCAAUCGAUACCCACAGGCGUCGAAUUGGCAGACGAUGAGUUCAUAUUGCACAUGGAAGGAACAGCAAGAACGCAAAGGGUGAUCAGGCACAUUGGAGCAACCAGUUGGCCUGGUAGAUUUCCCCCGCCUUUACCCUCUAUGAUGAACAUGUGAUAUCCUUCUUUGAUGAGAGUUGGACAUCAGUGGACAAUGCUUUCUUUCUUCCAUGAAUAAAUGAUGGCAGGUAGACUCACACUGACAAACAGAUCUCUCUACUUCGAGGCAUCCGGAGUAAUAUCAUACGAGAAUGCAUUGAAGAUUGACCUUGCAAAGCCCGGCGUCGGCCACCGAUUGAGGGCUGGAUCCACUGGGCCGUGGGGCGCCCCUCUCUUUGACAAGGCAAUGAUCUACGAAUCUUCCCAACUGUGAGAAAUUCUCGUGCUCAAAGCUUUAUUAGACAGCUAAUGAUUACCUGUUCUAGUGGGAGCAGAACUGAGGAAUCUAUUUGUUUGUGCAUCUAUUGAUGGGCAUUGCAGAGGGGAAAGCAUUAUCUUGGAGUUCCCGGAGUUGACUAGCUCGACCAGACGCGACCACUGGCUGUCGUUGACGAAGGAGGUCAUCUUGUUGCACCAGUUCCUGUCGAAGUUCGGCAUUGAAUCCCCACAAGAACGAUGGGAAAUGCAGGCGAGGACCAUCUUGGGGAUCAUAAGACUUCAUGCUGUCAGAGAGAUGCUAAGAAUAGCGCCGCCGGUUCCAAGAAACUUCUUGAUCUUUACCCUGUUCGAUGAGUUACCCAAGGGGGACUACGUACUGGAAGAACUGUUGAAGACUUCCAAGGAGGCGGGCCCGUUGCACCCAUGCAGUGCAGCCUCCAUACUGAAGAUUCUGAAUAUGUCACACCCUGACAUUUCAGUCUCUGUUGCCAAGAAAGGAUACGAAGCCCCAAUCGGGAAACGGGAGGAAUUGGAGUCCCUGGAGACGACUAUCAGUCAAGUGAGAGAGGAGGCGAAAGAGGUAUUCGUCGCAAGAGCCUCAGUCGAAGGGCUAAAAGAGGAAGGAAUCAGCGACAGCCUCCUUGUUCUUGCAGUACGUUCUAUUGCUCCCCCUCUCCACAUCUUCUUCUGAGUAUUCAUUGAUUCUUCGCCGUGGUGGGUGUCUUCUGUUUCCAUUGAAGGACUUAGAACCGUCUUCCUUUGGUGUCACUGACCAGGAACUGCUGAAACCAGUAACGAGCGUUCUUCCAUGGUUUCAAGGGCUUCUCCGGUGGGAGAGGCCAGCUCGCACGCUAAUUGCUCUCACAGUAUCUCUGCUCAUCAUCUACAAGUAAGUUCCAUCGACAUUCAAUGAGACUGCAGUAGAAGAAACCUUACUAGCUUCAUUGAUUAAUGCUGACUAUCAAGAAAAAGGAAAAGGGCAGCUCACAGCAGUUCAUUUCUGGCGAUGUGAUGAUCAGAGAAUGGGCGGGCUACGCGAUUGCAGUUCUUCUGUCGUGGGGUGUCUGGAUGAUGUUGCGGGCAAGGUGGAUGAGGAUCAGAAAUGAAUGCAUGGAGAUUUCUGUGUCCCCGACGUCCAGCCAGUCGGCCAUGGAGAGCUUGGUCUCCGCCCAACAUGGUUUCAACAGCCUGCAAGAUCUGGUCCAGAAGGCCAACAUCGCCAUUCUGAAAUCCUGGUCCAUAUUUGUUUCCAAGGCUCCCAAGGUACCACUCCUAGCCAGCUCCUCUCAGCUCCUAUCCCUCCUAGGAAUCUGUUGCACUAUCCUAAUAGAUUUUCCACACCCACCCUGUUCAUCCCUGAUAAUUAUCUCAUGUUCAAUCCGCCAUCAAUAUUUCCAGAGAGAGAGAGGCUCUGUUCUUUUCGAUGCACCUAUCCCAUUAGAAAUCUUUUACUUCUGAGCUGACAUCGUCCGCCCUUGGGGGGGAUGUUUGUGGCAGCAAGCGAACCUGGUGAUCGCGGCGGCGAGCGGGGUGGCCGUGUUCCUGGCGGUGAUUCCUCUGAGAUUUGUGCUGAUGGGCUUGACGGCCUUGUUCUUCCUCGCCGGCUCCAGAGGAGGCCAUCGCGAUGGGCCGAGGAACAGACGGCUGAGGGAAUGGUGGGACUCCAUACCCAUCGUCCCCGUUCGGAUCCUCAGGCAGGCGCCUUCUUCAGCUUGA